AUGAGAGGAUCGGGCGAUGUGCACGCGCGCACGCAUGUUAGGUUCUGCUUCGUGUACCACGUCCUGGAGAUUGGUCACCGCUUCCUUCCCCUAGUCAUGCUUCUAGUAUUGAUUCGUUGGUGGUUUAUAUUGGUAUUGGCAUACCUGUGGAUUGCCAGGGGUGUUGUAGUACAGUGGAGCGACCGUAAAGCUGUGCGGGCCUUUCGAUUUCGCGUGAGGUUUGUAGCCAUGCCCUUCUUGGACUCCAUAUUGGACGGAGCGGCAGCAUUCAAGGCCGGUUUCGUUUUGACCCUCGUGAAGUCCAUCGUGUUCAUGGCGUCCUUCCUCAAGUUCAGCCACGACGACCUCUCCGACUCCCUUCGGCUGAUGCUAGUUGUGGUAUCCGCUGGUUGCAUGUUGGGCAAGAUGUUCCUGGCGUGGGUUGCGAUACCCCUGCUCAAGGAGAAAGACUCCGACGGCGCUGCUGUUGAGGAUGAAAGGGGUGGUGAAGCGGCAGACAGUGAUAUGACGGGAGUGGAGGACGGUACUGCCAACGGCGAAGUGAAGGAGGCUUCAACGCUUUCUGAACUUGGGCCUAAAGAAGGAACAAAUGUCCCACCCGCCACCAAUGGCAGGUCAGCGGGUUCGGUCAGCGGGGAAGCCAAGGGAGAGGAGAACGAAAACGAUUCGUAG